AUGGCGUAUAGCAGCGCCUGGGAGGACUUCGAAGGGUUGGCAUGCGGCCUGGGCCGAGCCCGGAUCCCAGUCGCACGCCCUGGCAGCAGCCCCAUUGGCCUGCUAGCUUUUAGCGCCCUGGCCGACCAUUCAGCGUGCGCCAGGCGAGCGCAAAGAGGGUCGCCGCCAACCGCGAGCAGCGGUGUCGCGAGUACGACGGGUAUACAGAGGGUACCCGAGUACCUCCCGUCGUCGUCCGGCACACACGCAGCUGGAAGCUUUAGGGCUGAUGGUCCACAACGAGUGCCCGACUCGUUCCUCCGCACGCUGCCGGAUCCCCCUAAAUGUCAGCCACCCAUGAGGAUUGCCAGAGCCGUCGAGGAGGGAGGCACGGUAGGGCUGAGGGUCGGCGUGGCUGCUGCGGCCUCGGAUCGGAGCUACGAACCCCACGGAUGCGACCCGCGGAUCCCUCGGGCCCUCAUACACCAGAUCCGACAUCAAUACGAAGAUGAUGAAUCACAUGAUGGCCUCGCGAACCAUGUCUCAUCGCUUCGGGUUUUGCGUCUCGGUACUUGCUUUCCCCUCCCCAAACCAGUGUCUCUUCUUCUCUGCUGCUUGCAAGAGGAUCGUUUUCUACAAAAAUAG